CUGACAGCUUUAUCUUUGCCUUGUGCCGGGUGGCCCAUGGUUUCCUGCCAACAGCUCCCGUUUCCGGAGGCCCAGCAGGGCCCAGGCGGAGCCAGGAGGGGCAGGGGGGCCGGGCCUGGGUGGCCCCCCUGGCCCCGCCCCCGCCUAUCUUUGGGAAUUUAUUUGUCCACAGGCACAGCUGGUCCACAGUCCAUCGCCUGCCAGGGGCCAAGAGCGGCUCUGACUACCCAAGGACUCUCCCUCCCAGCUCAAGUGCUGACAACUGACCUCUGACUCCUGACCUCUGGCCCCACCUUUCCCACCCUGCUCUUCCUAAGGGGCUGGGAAGCCUCUAGAAACUUCGCUGUAGACGCGGGUGUUGACGCCUGGCUCACCCCGGGAGCCAAGGCUGGGCAGGGGGCUCGGUCCUCAGCCCCCAGCUGGGCCACCAUGGCGAGGCGGCUCCAGGGCGAGCUGGCUGCCUUCUUCUUUGAGUACGACACCCCCCGAGUGGUGCUUGUGCGCAACAAGAAGGUGGGCGUCGUCUUCCGCCUGAUCCAGCUCGUGGUUCUGGCCUACGUCAUUGGGUGGGUGUUUGUCUAUGAGAAGGGCUACCAGACCUCGAGUGGCCUCAUCAGCAGCCUGUCUGUGAAACUCAAGGGUCUGGCUGUGACGAAGAUCCCAAGCCUGGGCCCCCAGGUCUGGGAUGUGGCUGACUACGUCUUCCCAGCCCAGGGAGACAGCUCCUUUGUGGUCAUGACCAAUUUUAUCGCCACCCCCCGGCAGGCCCAAGGCCACUGUGCAGAGAACCCGGAAGGGGGCACGUGCACGAAUAAUAGUGGCUGCACCCCGGGAAAGGCAGAAAGGAAGGCCCAAGGCAUCCGCACAGGCAAGUGUGUGGCCUUCAACGACAUCGUGCAUACGUGUGAGAUCUUUGGCUGGUGCCCCGUGGAGGUGGAUGACAACAUCCCAUGCCCUGCCCUUCUCCGAGAGGCCGAGAACUUCACUCUCUUCAUCAAGAACAGCAUCAGCUUUCCACGCUUCAAGGUCACCAGGCGCAACCUGGUGGAGGAGGUGGAUGCCGCCUACAUGAAGACCUGCCUCUAUCACAAGACCUUGCACCCACUGUGCCCAGUUUUCAAGCUCGGCUAUAUGGUACAAGAGUCAGGCCAGAAUUUUAGCACCCUGGCCGAGAAGGGCGGGGUGGUAGGCAUCACCAUCGACUGGCACUGUGACCUGGACUGGCAUGUGCGACACUGCAAACCCGUCUAUGAGUUCCACGGGCUGUAUGAAGAGAAAAACCUGUCUCAAGGCUUCAACUUCAGGUUUGCCAGGCACUUCGUGGAGAAUGGGACCAACUACCGGCACCUCUUCAAGGUGUUUGGGAUUCGCUUUGACAUCCUUGUGGACGGCAAGGCUGGCAAGUUUGACAUCAUCCCCACCAUGACCACCAUUGGCUCUGGGAUUGGCAUCUUUGGGGUGGCCACGGUUCUCUGCGACCUGCUGCUGCUCCAUAUCCUGCCCAGGAGGCACUACUACAAGCAAAAGAAGUUCAAGUACGCGGAGGACGUGGGGCCAGGGCCGGGGGCGCACGACCCUGCGGCCACCAGCUCCACCCUGGUUCUGCAGGAGAACGUGAAGACAUCCUGACCUCUGCCCCCGCCCCCCACUGGACACAGCAGGCGGGGAGCCUGGUGGGGUCUCAGCCAGGGCGGAGGGGUCUCCCCAGGAGCGCUCCCACCCUGUCAGCCAGGCAGACACCAGGUUGCCGGAAGCUCAGGGUGGACUCCGGGAGAGACCUGCACAAUUCUGGGCUCUGGCUCCAACUCUGCAGCCCCCAAGGGAGCCUCACCCCAGCCUCAGCCACUCCUGG